UUGAAUGUGAGAAAAUUGGAAGGUUCGGAGGGCGAGCAGCAGACAUCCCCAGCGACUGCUCGUCGACCAAGUCCGAAGUCCACCUUCCUCCAUUCACGCCAUCUUCCCCACAGUCAUCCAACAGCGGGCAGUCUCUGUCGUGCAGGGCAUUUUCCAGGGCUCGAGAGACGCAUUCAGCUCAAACAUCCUUGGGGAAAUCGGUGCUUCGAAUCACCGCAACAGGCUACUGCGGCCCUAACAUGUCUGCCGCUCAGAAGGAGAUGAUGACGGCUGCGCUGGUCUCUGCUCGACAUGCAGCAGCAGCAGCGGCAAUCACAGCGCCAUCAGCCUCACCACGAGCCCUCGCUCUCGGACCACGCGUAAACAUGACCGAGGAUGAGGAAGCGAGCACGAGUGGCGCAUCUACAUUGAGCUCGAGAGAGAGGAGGCGGAGCAGAGCUUCGAGGUUCGGAACAUUGUCUCCUCAGAGAGCCGCUGCUAUUCCGUCAGAUCUUGCAGAAGCCAUAGCCGGUUGGAGACAAGCCACGCCAGAAGCGAUCUCUUCUCGAUCUAAGCGCAGAGCAGGCGCUCUGUCUGCUCACUCGCACCUUGCAGGGGCAGAUUCCGCGGUGAGGUAUGCCACACUGCUCACCCUCACACAAGAUCUGGCUUCUAGAAUAGGCGGACCCUUCGGAUGGACUCCGGCAAGCGUGUUCGACUACAAUGCAGGAGUCGGAGAAGGACUGUGGGCGGUGGAGAAUGCUUGGCCAGGUGCUGUACAGAGGUUCGAUGGGCUCACCAACGGUCCGCUAGCCAGACUCGGCUCCAGCUUGCUGCGCGAUCUGCCAGAAGAUCACGCGCUGAGAAGGCUCGAAGAAGAAAAGAAGGCUCGUUUCCACACUACUUCCGCCCGAAGCCAUGCGCAGGCGUUUGGAAGACGUGAGCGCGGAGCAGCUAGGGAUGCGGAAGAGGAGGAGCAAGAAGCUAGUUUCGAUGCUGCUGUAGAGUCGACCUCUUCUUCUGCCCCAUCAAAUACGCUCGCCAUCCUGCCAUAUGCUCUCAGCGCGCUUUCUAGCGACAAUGCUCGCUCGGCGCUGCUGAGGAAGGUCUGGGAGUCCGGAGCACAAAUGAUCCUCGUUGUGGAAGAAGGCGAUCACAGAGGUUUCGCGUGCGUGGCCAGCGCAAGGGAAGAACUGUUGGCUCUUGGCAACGACCCUCCUCGUGCGGCGGCCAAUGUUGACGAAGAUGAGGUGCUUAUGCUGGGCGGUCAGAAGUUCUAUGCGCAAAGGAGCGAAAAUGUAGCUGCUGAAGAUGGCGAGGACGCGGAGACCGGACGUGCAUCAGGUGCGCACGUCGUGGCGCCGUGCCCACAUGACGGACCCUGCCCGCUGUUGCACGACUUUCAGCCACCACCUCUCGGCAACUCUUCUUUUCGUGGCAAGUCGAAGCUGCAAGUCUGCGCCUUUCCUGCUCGGGCCACCCUUCCGCUCUGGGUGGCCCGUAAUCGAAAGCGGCAAGAGGAGAGCAGCAGAUACUCGUACGUAGUCGUCGCCAGAGGCCCUAGACCUCAGCGCACAACUGCGCAAGACGCGACUCAGCUUCCUGCAACGGAUACCUUGGGCUCGUCUCAAAAUCUAGAAGCUCAGCUGGUGGCUGACGCGGGCAAUGCGCACAGAACAAAGGUCGGCAUACUCGAAGCGCUGAGAAGGAGCCCCAGUCGCCUUCCGACAGAUGUGGUCGUGGAAGGGAGCGCGCCCGCACCUUCAUCCUCCGAAGAUGCAGAUCCUGCCGCUCGUCUUUCCAGCGUCCUAGAGGCUCAGACGGAGAUCGAGGCUGGGGCCGGAGACACCACUUUGCAGUCGAGCGCCUCCAAUCGGAGCCAGCUUUCAAGUCUUCUGGAGGCAGCCAUGCGCAGAGAAGCUACCCGUGCAGGCGAAGAGGUCGACGAAGAGACUCUCAAGGCUGCCCUGGCUCAGGCGAAUGCUCAGGGCGUGUGGCAAGACUCUGCGAGUUUUGCGGAGCACGAUGACGAGAUUCAAAGGGAGGUGCAGGACGAAGAAGCAGAGCAAUUCGCGAGCAAUGACGCCUUCAUAGCUGCACAAGGAGCCGAGAUCAACGCGCCCAGCUCCGCCCAGAUCCUCUCCGCUUUCAAAGAGCUCUCUGGACGUUCAGCUUCUGCGCCUGCGGAGGUUGCUUUCCGCGACAUUGAUGUCGAGGCAGAAGAUGCGGAAGAGACCGAGAUAGUGGCACAGCGCUUGUCGAGGGCUAGAAUAGCUGGCGACGAAGUAGCGGAGGAGCAGGAGCUGCUCAGCUCCCUUGAGGAGGACUUUAGCGUCGCGGAUGAAGAGGCUAUGAGGAGAGAAGCGUUUUACUGGCCACGACUUGUGUUGCCUCCGCUGAAGAAGGGAGGACAUGUAUGUUUUGAUGCCUGUAUGGCUGAAGGCACCAUCUCUCGCUUCACGCUACCAAAGUCAGCAGGGAGACAAGCAUAUCACGAUGCUCGCAAAGCUUCUUGGGGAGAUCUCUUUCCUCAUCCGUCCGUCAAGGCGAUGCAAGAAAAGGUGCCAGCAGCAGACACCUCCUCUCGAGCUCCCAUCCCUCGCUCAGAACAGCGCAACGCGCACGGCAAAAAGAUCAAGAAGGAGCUGCUCUCUUCAGCUGCUGCUAUCGGAGCUGACAUUGUCGCAGCGCAUCCAAAGUACCAGUCAACGAGCUCGCAGCAGGGAGAGGCAAAGACUGGCGAAGUGGAGAUGAGCUUCGGAGAGAGACGCAAGAAGGGCAGGAGGUGGGAGAGCGAGCGCGAUGUGGAGUUGCGCCUCAACGCGCGCGAGAGCAGAAAGCGUAGCUUGGGCGACUUGGAUCGCGAGAUUUUUGGAUGAUGGUCGGUCUGCGCUACGCAAGGACUCACAAGCCUAUCAAUGCGUCACGCUCACAGAAACGGAUCGCUCAAGCAGCUGAAAAUACGUCGAGGGAGCAAUUCGCAUCAUUUGAUUUACUUGCGCGGGAGCUGCAGUACGAGAGGCGUAGGUAGUACAAGGUUUCCGGUGCGGGUCGGCGAGCAUAGAUAGACAAGUACUUUGCAAACGAAAUCCAUCAGGCGGAGGAGCGGCU